AUGCUGGGGUCCCACAAGGCUGUGUUCUAUCCCCGACCCUAUUUCUUCUGCAUAUCAAUGAUAUGUUGCAACUUAGCAACAUUGAUUGCUAUGCGGAUGACAGCACUAGGGAUAUUCAUUACACUGGCCGUUGUUGAUGAGUACCGGAACAAACUUGUGUCUGAAGUCGAAACUCUACUACGUGGAGUCUCAGACUGGGGCAGACAAAACCUAGUCCAAUUUAACCCCAAGAAGACACAAGUUUGCGGGUUUUUCGCUAAAAAAACAGCCUUUGUCGCUACUCCUCUUUUCGAAAAUACUCUUCUUAAAGCCACAGCCAGCAUUGGAAUACUUGGCGUUGACAUAUCGCACGACGUUCAGUUUCGCGGUCACUUGGAGGGAAAGGCUAAAUUAGCCUCCAAAAAGCUUGGUGUGCUCAGCAAGGCGAGGCGGUACUUCACUCCGGGCCACCGCAUGCAACUAUAUAAAGCACAAAUUCGGCCCCAGAUGGAGUACUGCUCUCACCUCUGGGCGGGGGCUCCCCAGUACCAGCUCCUUCCACUUGACCGUAUACAACGCAGAGCGGUUCGAAUCGUCGCCGACCAAUCCCUCUCCGAGCGGCUUGAUCCUUUGGCGUUGCGUAGAGAUGUGGGGUCACUCUGCAUCUUCUACCGCAUUUACCAUGGAGAGUGUUCAGAGGAGUUGUUUGGAUUAAUACCUGCAGCUGAGUUUCAUCAUCGGACGUCGAGACAGAGUACGAAAUUCCACCCGUAUCACCUCGACAUCCGCCGUUCCACAACUGAGCGUUUUUCAAGGCAGUUUUUGCCGCGCACCACCACUAUGUGGAACCAGCUGCCCACCGAAGUAUUUCCGAACCAAUUCGACUUAGGGUCCUUCAAGAAAAGAGCGUACCAAUUCUUAAAAGGCCGGCAACGCACUCGCGAGCCCUCUGGCAUUGAGAGUGUCCAUGGGCGGCGGUAUCACUUAACAUCAAGUGAGCCUCCUGCCCGUUUGCACCCCGUUCUAUAA